GCCAGCAUGACUGUUGGUGCUUUUUCGGAAUGGCGCAAGCUUCCAGUGAGCCUUAGUGAGCUGUGCAUUAACACGACGCUUCGGUGUGGUCAAUCGUUCCGAUGGCACAAUGUCCCCGAUAGCGAUGAAUGGCGAUGCGUGCUUCACGGGAAACUCCUCUCCCUGAAACAAGACCCUACCUAUCUCUAUUACAGAACCUACCGAUCCCCGAAAUCAGACAGCAUCGAUAACGACGACACAACAACUCUCAACCUAAUCAAACACUACUUCAACCUCACCGCGAACCUAACAGACUUCUACGCGCAAUGGUCCUCGCAAGACCCGAAUUUCAAGAAGAAAGCUCCCCAAUUCACCGGGAUCCGUAUCCUCCGCCAAGACGCCUGGGAAGCACUUAUCUCCUUCAUCUGCAGCAGCAAUAACAAUAUAUCGCGCAUUUCGCAAAUGGUCGAGAAGCUUUGCAUACAUUAUGGGCCAUUUAUCGGGACGGUCGAUGACCGCGCAUACCAUGACUUCCCAACUCCCGAUGCAUUGACUGGUACGGAGGUUGAGGGUCGUUUGCGCGGGUUGGGAUUCGGGUAUCGCGCUAAGUAUAUUUACCAGACGGCGCUUAUUGUCGCGAAAGAGCGGGAGAAGGGCUGGUUGGAUGGGCUAUGUAAUCCGGAGUCACCAGCCUUUGGAGCCGAGCCUGGAUUCGGAGGGGAGAUGAAACCGGAAGGAAGAGAUGGCUAUCGAGAGGCGCAUGAGAAGCUAUUAGAGCUGCAAGGCGUCGGGCCAAAGGUCGCAGAUUGUGUCUCCCUAAUGGGGCUAGGGUGGGGAGAAUCCGUCCCCGUGGAUACACAUGUCUGGCAAAUCGCCCAACGAGACUACAAAUUCGGCAAAGGCGCACACAAAACCCUCAACAAAGCAACCUACGAUGCCGUCGGGAGCCACUUCCGCAAACUCUGGGGCAAAGAAGCCGGUUGGGCGCAUAGCGUCCUGUUCACGGCUGAUCUCAGGACAUUCUCCGAUCGACUUGCCUCGUCAAAGAAAUCUAAGGUGGAGGUCGACGUCAAAGUGAAAGAAGAGAAGAACGACGACGUGGAAGUUGAGACCAAGGUUAUGACUGCUGUUGCGGUUAAGAGGUCUGCUAGCGAGGAUGGCGAUGAGAACAAGGUCAAGGUCGAAGAUGAUGAGACAAAGACAAAGGAGGAGCCGAAUGGCAUCGUCAAUGCUUCGCAAACGACAACAACGAGGAGGAUGUCGAAGCGGCUUCGGAACCGCUGAUCUGAUGCUUAUUGGGUAGUAUUCAUGUACAGUAUACCCAUUCAUCUAUUCGCAUUUAGACUACAAUACUACGGGAAGUCAGGCACUUGGAUUACCAUGUUUCUCCUAUUCUGUAUAUACUCGAGCUACCACACAUCUCAACUGGAAUUAACCAACCAGACACCC